AUGGCCCGUGCUCCGAGGGCACUAGUGGCAUCCCCUGUGAUCUCUGGGAUCAGCACCACUGGUGGCGUGCCUUCGCAACGGGCCCAGUCCCAAUCCUCGCCCCACGUGGUUCAGCCGAGACAGACGCGAUCGUUCACCCCACCGGGAGUGGUGGUCCCUGCCUGGGCCUGGCUGCCGAGUGCCAUCGCCAAGGUCCAGAAUCCGGUGCUCAAGGCGUUGCCCACGCCAAAUCGAAGCAGGUCUUUGCAGAGACCUCCGCUCAGAGUCAUACAAGUCUCACAAGUCACACGGUCAAGUCUAAAGACCAAUGUGACCAAUGUGGGUCAGAGCCCUCCCUUGAGAGCCACGCUGUCGGGUCCCAUGCCUACUGCCUGGCAUGCGCAGCAGGUGAGGUGGAAUGAGGUGGAUGGGCCCCAACUCUAUGGUUGUGCCGGUGUGGCUCACACUCGUCUGGGUGAACAACGUCGAGCCUUGUUCCCGCCUGAGGUGGGUAUCUCCCCAGGAGCACAGGGUCUUGCCAACUCCCCAGAUGUGGAGCUGAAAAAAGAACUCUACCGAAUACGAGACGGCAGUCAGAUUUUCUUUCACAUCUUGAAGCCCAAGGGCAAGAAAGUCACUCAUGCAUUGGUCUUUUUGCACGGCUAUAGCUCAACUGGUGACCUGUACAUGGAGUUUCUCGCGGAGCUGGCUCGUAGUGGAAUGAUGGUCUUGGUUCCGGAUCUCCCUGGUCACGGACGUUCUGACGGUCUGUUGUUGUACAUCCCUGACUGGUGGGUCUUUGUCGACCAAGUGUGGACAGCACUGGAGCUGGUUCUGCCUAGCGAAUGCAUCGUUGAUGGACAGAUGCUCCCUCUCUUCCUCGCAGGCAACUCUUUGGGUGGUGGUCUCGCCUCAUGUCUGGUCUUGCAGCGACCAAGCUUCUUCAAGGGCGUCCUGUUGCUCUGCCCCAUGCUCACAGUGAGCGAUGAAGUGAAGCCACCAUGGAUCGUGCAGAUGAUUUUCAAGUACGCCAUCGCUCGAUUGUUCCCUACGUGGCCAGUCAGUCCAGUGAAAGACAUCUCUGACUUUGACUUCCGGGAGCCUUCUCAAGGGAACAAGUAUGUGAAGGCGAACCCUCUGUCUCUGCAGGGUUUGACCCCGCGCCUGGCUACAGCACUGCAGCUGGGCUUUGUGUAUCCUGAUUGGCUGAAGGAACGCCUCGGUGAGGUGCGGACGCCUUUCAUGAUCCAACAUGGCUUGGAGGAUCGUGUGACCGAUCCCACUACUUCGAAGCAGCUGUACAAAGAGGCCAUUGCCAAAGACAAAACCCUGAAACUCUACGAUGGAGUGUACCACUGCGAGAUGUUUUGCUGUUUGCCCGGCAACGAGAAGAUGCUGGGCGUGAAAUGGUCUGCUGAACAGGUGGCUGUGACCAAGACAUGCUUGGAGGACAUGAAGAACUGGAUGUCAGAACGCCUUGGUUUCACUUGCGCCUUCCUCAGCAUCGCCAGGAGCUUCGUGGGGGUCAGAGUCAGAUGGCCGAGGCAAGGGGAGCGAAGCAAAACGAGCUCAUCGCUUCCGCCGCGAAGUCAGCAGCUGCCAUCAACCUGGACCCGGACCACUGAUAGAUGUCAACAGCUCUGGUAUGCCGUGGGUGUUGCCAUAGCGCUCCGAGCCUUUGGAGGGAGCAGAGGUGCCGGCUCCGAAGCGCAGUACCAAAUGCGCGAGGCCAAGAGGAAGAGAGAAGCAGCGCAAUUCUUCACCUACCAAGCGCGUUUGUUGAGGACUGGCAUACCUCCAAGGGACGACCUGUACUGGCGCCGUGAAGAACGCAUGCUCUUCAACACCACCAAAAUGGAGAAGGGGAUCAACUUCGAUGCCUAUGACGAGGUGGAGGUUGACCGACGCGGUGGACUAGGAGAUGAGGUCAUCUGUGAUUCUUUCCAAGAUAUUUGCAAUCAGUUCACCAUGCCCAAGGAGCUGGUCGAGAACAUCCUGUACAGAUGUGGGUACGAUAAGCCCACCCCCGUUCAGAAACAUGCAGUGCCCGCAGCUCUGGCGGGCAACGAUGUCAUGGUUUGUGCGCAGACCGGGAGCGGCAAAACUGCAGCCUUCCUGGUUCCUUUGAUUGCAGAGACCCUGGUGGCUGGACAGAACAAGUUGGAGGAGGGAGCUAUCCGGCCAAGUGCGGUCAUCAUGGCUCCAACCCGUGAACUUUGUCAGCAAAUUACGCUGGAAGCCCGCAAGCUGUGCUUCAGGACAGUUGCCCGUGUGGUGGCUAUUUAUGGUGGUGCAGAUGCUUUGCCACAGCUGAAAGCGCUUGCAGAGGGAGCUGAGAUUAUCAUUUGCACUCCGGGCCGUUUGGAGGACUUUCUGGAGCGAGGAGUUGUUAGCAUGCGAGACGUGAAAUACUGUAUCCUUGAUGAGGCGGACCGCAUGCUGGACAUGGGCUUUGAGCCCCAAAUCAGAUCCAUCAUUGAAGGACACAGCAUGCCGGAACCUGGGGGACAGGAUGGAAGACAGACGAUGAUGUUUUCCGCCACUUUCCCACGAGAGAUGCAGGAUUUAGCCCUGGACUUUCUUGAUCCAACCUACCUGUGGAUUGGAGUCGGUCGCGUGGGUGAAGCUUGCGACAAUGUGGUGCAGCGUUUCCAGGACGCCAGCACUACAGAUUUGGAUGGGAAGUUUGAAAUGCUGGUGGAUGCAGUGAAGGAGGUGGAGACCACGAGUGAUGACAAAGUUGCAAAAACUCUGGUCUUCGCCAACUCAAAAACCACCGUCGAUGCCAUAACUUGGCGUCUCUCCGAUGCGCAGAUCAGGAGCAUGCAGAUCCAUGGUGGCCUGUCACAGGCCGCCCGCGAUCGUGCUCUGAGCGACUUUCGGAAUGGUCGGGUGUCUGUCUUGGUGGCCACUGAUGUGGCUGCUCGAGGAUUGGACCUCCCAGGCGUUGACCAUGUGGUAAACUACGAAAUGCCUUUGAAUGCAGAGGAUUACACCCACCGCAUCGGCAGAACUGGCCGCAUCGGGAAUACGGGUCUUUCCACUUCUCUGGUUGGCAGCUGGGAACCAGCGCUGAGGGAUAUCCUCAAGCCAGGAACUCAGCUCUUGAAGCGGCUGGCACAAUGCAUCCACCAUGUCUCUGGGAAGGUCUGUGAGGGACAUGAAGUCCGCAAGAAUCCCAGAGCUUGUGGCUUGAGUACCAUGCCAACAGUGGCAGCCGCAGUAUGCGCGGUGGCCGUGGUGGUGGCUAUGUUAGUCGCUACAACCAGAGCCGACAAGCGGAGAUGGAUGAUGGCAGCUUCAAUCCAGGCUAUUCGCGGCGCAAUAGCGACGGCCCCCGACCUAGGAGCCAAGCAGCGCGACCGCGCGGGCAAAGUGGACACAUUCGUCGCGUCAGAGCCCAAGCCAUGA